AGGACUAGCUGUCGAUUGGCGUUUUGCCGACUGAACGCAUCUUGUCUCGCCGAGCUCGGAAUUCCUGCUGCACGUUGCCAAGAUGAUGUACACAGGAACGACUGCUUCGCAGGACACCAGGUUCAGCGACAAGGAGAAGAAGCUUCUAAAGCAAAUGAAAUUUGGAGAUUCAUUGACACAGAAAGUGGAUAUGAGCAAAGUGAAACUUGAUGUGAUUAAGCCAUGGAUUACAACGAAAAUUACACAGAUUCUGGGAAUGGAAGACGACGUGGUGGUAGAGUUUGUGUAUAAUCAACUCGAAGAGAAGUUUCCCGACCCCCGAAAAAUGCAGAUCAACCUGACAGGCUUCCUGAAUGGUAGGAAUGCCCGUUCUUUCAUGGGUGAAUUAUGGGACCUCCUGGUCUCUGCUCAAGAAAGUGUUACGGGCAUUCCCGAGGCUUUCUUGCAACAAAAAAAAGAUCAAAUUAAAAAACGUUUGGAAGAACAAGAGAAGCUUCAAGCAUCGCUGGCGGAGAAAGAGAAAGAGAAGGAGCGUGAGAAAGAAAAGGAUGAGGCCGAUAGUAAAGUGAAAAAAGAGGAGAAAGAUAGGGGCUCAUCGAAGGAGCGUAGAAGAGAUCGAAGCAGAGAUCGUGAUAGAGAUAGGAGCAAAAGGAGCAGAUCACGAGAUCGACAUAGAGAUCGUGAUCGAUCGAGUCGUAAGAGAAGAUCUGUUUCGAGAUCACCAAGUAAAAAUUCGAAGGAUAACGGGAAAGAUAUGCCCGAAGUUAAGAUUGAACGGGAAGAUUCGCCGCAACCGGAAAAUGCUAUACCCUUGAUGCCAGUUAAAACCAAACCGGAAGCUGCAGUAGCAAUAUCAAGAUUGCAAGCUAAAUUGAUGAGUAUUGCUGAUGGAAAGAAGAAGAAUAAUCGCACACCAUCGCCGGAAUCACUGGACAAAUCAGCAAGAAAAUCACGAUCUACGUCUAAAUCGCCGACGAGCCGUUCGAAGAAAUCCAGAAGCAAGUCACCUAGCCGAGAUUCAAAAACUCGUCGUUCACGAUCUCCCGCUUCGAAGUCGAGACGGUCUCGUUCCAAGUCAAGAUCUAGGAGAUCUCGAUCUAAAUCCCGGAGAUCGAAGUCGCGCUCGCAGGAUCGUAUCAAGUCCAAGCGAAGUAAAUCCAAAUCAAGAUCGCGAUCACGCUCACGAUCUAAGAAGUCUCGAUCUAAGAGCGAAGACAGGAGCAAGUCAAGAAAAUCGAGAUCUGACUCAAGUGAUUCGAGGACCUCUAAAUCUCGCUCAAAGUCACCUGUGAAACAGAAGGACAAUGCAGAUUCUAAUAGAAAACGCGACGGUAGUACAAGCAGCAGCACCGAUUCCGAGGAGGAAAAGGACGCAAAAGAUAAGAACGACUUCGAGAUACGAAAGAAGAAGGACGGAGUGCAAGCCAAGAGAUCCUAUAGGAAAACCAACAAGGAUGAUAGCGGUAGCGAUAGCGACUCUAGUCGGGAGAGAAAAUCAGCUCCUAAGCGAAGGAGUUCUUCGCCACGUAAGGACAGAGGUCGAUCUAAGGAUAGAGAUCGAAACAGAUCACGAGAUAGAUCACGAGACCGAUCGCGAGAUAGAUCGCGAGACAGAUCACGCGAUAGAUCACGAGAUAGAAAUCGAAGGAGAUCCUUGGAUCGAGAACGUGAUAGGAGACGUGACCGAGAACGCGAAAGAGAUAGGGAAAGAGAGAGAAUGGACCGAUACAGCGGCAGUCGCAGCAUGCGACCACCUUCGGUGCGCAGACCGCCUAAUAGGCGCAGUCCCCCGCGCAGAAGCCCAGCAAGAUAUCGUCGUAGGUCACCGAGUCCCGAAGAUAGACGUCGCAGGAGAUCGCUGGAUCGUCGAAGACGGUCGUCGGAGAGACAUGACAGACGCCGUUCGCCCGAUCGACGUGGGAGCCGUCGUUCACCGGACGGACGGGAUCGAUCGAGCAGGUACGAUAGAUCUUCCUCACGCGACAGAUCAAGUAGACGAGAUCGCUCCAGAGAACGACGGGAUAAGGAUCGUCGAUCUAGAUCUAAAGAUCGUAGAUCGAGAUCAAAGGAUCAAAGAUCAUCGGUGGAUCGUUCGAAAGACGGGAAGCGGUCUCCCGAUCGUUCAAAGGGUACCAAGGAUAAGGCAAAGGACAAGAAAGUGGAUGAAAAAACUAAAAGACCACCCGAUACAGGAUCGCGAAAAGAAUUACGAAAUGGUCGGUCUAAAUCGAGUAGCUCGGAAAGUAGCGAGAGUAGUUCUUCUAGCAAUGAGGACGAAUCACUUAGGAAAUCGAUCGAGCGCAAAACGCCGCGCAGCGAGGAAAAGCGAGAAAGAGAACGCGAACAUGUGGAUGAUGCCAAGAAGAAAGAAAAAGAGAAAACAGUGAAGGAAGAGCCUACUAAGCGACCGGAAAAAGAAAUCAAAAAGAUAGAACCUGUCGCUGCGAAAAAGCCCGAGUCUAGUGUUUCUCCCAAGAAACUUCAAGUUGGUUCGCUUCCUACUACCAGACAUAGAUUUUUCUUUUUCAAGUUUUCGAAGAGUUUGUCACGUACCCCGUCACCAUUUAAGAAGACCGAGGAUAUCGUAGCAGCGCCAGUUAAAAUUAAACAAACGAUUAAAGAAGAUAUUAAGGAUGAGUCACCAACAAAGGUUGCAGAAAUGAAUUUUACCGCUGGAGACGCUUUUCCUCUAAAGAAGGAUGACAAGUCAUUGAAAGCGACGAAAAUAAUAGCAGAAGAAAAAAAAUCUACUCAAAAACCGUUGGAACCCCCAUCAAAGAAACCUGUGGAAAUGGCUAAAAAAGCGAAGAGAGAAAAGCGUGAUGGUUCUACAGAUAGUGAAGAUAGUGAUGCUGAAGCCAAAAGAAAAGUGAGGAAGAUAGAAAAAUCGAAAAAAUCUAAGAAAGCCUCGACAGAUGAAGAUAAAUCUGAUAAGAGCAAAGCUGAAUCAAGCUCAGAUUCUGAGGAUGAUAGGAAGCAUUCAGAUAAAAAUAAAAAAGCUAGAGAUACUAGCCGAAUCGAUUCAAUAGAUGAUCGUAAAGAUAGUAAAGAUAGAAAGGAUAGUAAAAAACGUGAAGUUACUGAAAAUGAUUCACGAAAGCGUUCAAGAAAGGAAAUAGAAGAAGAAUUAAAAAAAUCAAAACGAUCACGGAGAGACUCUUCCUCGGGUGAAGAAGAGCAGAAAACUAAAAGAAGUAGAAACGAAGAUGAUAGAUCAAGAUCUCGGAAAUCAAAGAAAGACUCUAGUUCUGACGAAGAACCUAAGAAAAUAAAAAAGAGAAGAGAUACUUCAUCAGAUGAUGAAAAAUCCAGAUCUCGAAAAUCCAGAAAAGAUUCGACAAGUGAAGAGGAAUCUAAAUCAAAAUCAAAGAAAUCUAAACGAGAUUCUAGUUCGGAGGAUGACGAUCCUGGAGAUAAAGACUCGAAGAAGAAAAAGAAAAUUGACGAUAGUUCGGAUGACGAAAAGGUGAAGAAGAAGCGUAAGAAAAAAGCGAAAACUAGCACCAGUGAAUCGGAGGAAAGUGAAGUCGAAGAAAAGAAAAAGAAGAAGGAGAAGAAGCACAAGAAACACAAGAAACAUAAGAAGCACAGAAAACACAAGAAAAAGAAGAUUGCGGAUUCAGAUGAAUCUGAUGUAAGUGAAGGUAAUACCGAAGAACUGGAAAAAAAACUUCGGGAGAAGGCAUUAAAGUCUAUGAAAAAGGGGCAUAGUAUUGAACGAAGUGAUUGAGACUAACGUGUGAUCUCCCUGAGAAUAUAUCAUACGUAUAUCUCGUAAAGCAUUCUAAUUGUAUUGAUAUAAAUAUGAAUAACUUUCAUUUCUUAUCAAUAAUUGAACUAUUAAACUACUUUUUAUCACUCAAUCCCUUCGGAACAAGAUGAUCAAAUGGCAUUCGUGCUAUGAAUUAGUUUUCGCCGAAAUGUAUCGAAGAAAAUAAGAUUAAUGUCCCCUUCAUUAUGUUGCCAGAAUUACAUGAUGACUCAUUUUCUUGUGUCAAUGCAAAACAGUGUACAGAGUGUACUUAUUCAUAUUGAUACGAAUUCAUAUGCGCUGAUAUAAAAGUUUUAUAUGUUUUGAAUUCGACGGAAAAAUUAUACAUUUUUUCAGACUUUAAUCAUUAAGUUUAAGUGAAAUUAGAACUCAUAUACACAGCGAUUCGUUUGAGUUAAUUUGUAUAAAGCUUAGUUUUUAUUGCAGUGUUUAGAGAAUAAUAAAUAGUACAUUUGAAUGACAAUGUUACAGCAACUUGUGUGUACAAGUCAGAAGAACAAUCGAAAACCCACUUGCAAAAAUUAUGUGUUCCCGAAUGAUAUAAUCUGUUUCUGUUUUACAGUGACUCCUAAUUUCUCCUAGACAUCAGAAUCGCCAUACCGAAUUUGCAGACGUAAUGUAAUUUAUAUAAUAAUUUACAUAAUUCGCUAGAUUAAUAAAAAAAAAUAUAGAAGUAUUGAGAA